AUGACCCUCCUCCGAAAUGGCCUCUUAUCCAGGGCCUCAACCUCACCUUCAACCUCCACCCUCCGCCGCCCGAUAACCCCCAGAUCCCAACCCCAGGUCUUGCGCCGAGCACGCCCACAACGCCGAUACAACUCGGACUCCUCUACAGGGAAAACAUCAGCCGAGAGAAAUACCGCACCUGCACACCCACCGCACUCGAACUCGCACCAUUCAACCACAACUCCGCCCCAGCUGUUAGACACAACUCCCGCCGCUACAGCCGCAGCCGGGGCAACGCCCACACCCGUGCGAAGUCGCGGAUUCCGUGAGGUGAUAAAAGCCAGCCCGGUGGGGAAAUUCGGAAGAUGGUAUGCGCGCGUGCAGGAGCGCAAGCCGUACACGACGCAGUUCUGGAGCUCGAUUGUUAUCUACCUGUGUGGGGAUCUGAGCGCGCAGAUGCUGUUCCCUUCUGAGGUUCCUGCGCCUGCGAAAUCGGAGUCAGAGGAUGGGGAUGCGGUUGCGCAGGGGGAUGGGGGUACUGUGAGCGCUGGUUAUGAUCCGCUUAGGACUCUGCGGCAUUUGUGUGUUGGCGCUGGGUCGAGUAUUCCGUCUUAUAACUGGUUCUUGUUCCUCGGAAACCAUUUCAACUACCCGAGCAAGUUCCUCUCGAUCCUGACGAAGGUCGUUGUGCAGCAGACGUGUUUCACUCCUGUCUUCAACACGUACUUCUUUAGCGUGCACUCUCUUCUCGCUGGUGCGACGCUCGACGAGACCUGGGAGAGGUUGAAGAAGGCUCUCCCCGUUAGCAUUCAAAAUAGCGUAAAGCUCUGGCCAGCUGUUACCGCGUUCAGCUUUAUGUAUGUGCCGGCGCAGUUCCGAAACGUCUUCUCUGGGUGCAUUGCGGUUGGCUGGCAGACAUAUCUGAGCUGGUUGAAUCAGAAGGCUGCUAAGGAGGUUGCGGCUGCUGAGGCGCUUGCUGAGGCAGAGGGGAUGAGUGUUGGUGCUUUGCAUGCUGUUUCUGGGGGGAAUAUGAUCUCUACUGGGACUACAUGA